UGUAAACAUUUCCCGCGAAAUUAUCUGUCAAAGAUGGCGGGAGUCACGCUGCCGGGACAUAAUCAAACAUUAAAAGAAGCCUUAAUUGAAAGUCUAACUGCAAUUCUUUCCGCUGACCAUAAAACAAGAGUCAAUGGGGAGGAGCAGGUGAAAGCGUUAGAAGUCACAGAAGAAUUUGGUGUUCAUUUAGCAGAACUGACAGUUGACCCAAAUGGUCCACUUGCAAUACGACAGCUGGCCUCUGUGCUGUUGAAACAGUAUGUUGAAGUGCACUGGUGUAUUCAUUCUGAGAAGUUCAGGUCACCUGAGACUCCUACAGCCUCCAAAGAACAGAUUCGAAAAAUUUUACCUGUGGGAUUAAAGGAGAGUAUCAGUAAAGUACGGUCAAGUGUUGCCUAUGCUGUAUCGGCUAUUGCACAUUGGGACUGGCCUGAGGCAUGGCCCGAUCUGUUCCAGAUUCUCAUGCAAGCUCUCACAAGUGGUGACACAAAUGCUGUUCAUGGGGCUAUGCGUGUCUUAGCAGAGUUUACACAAGAUGUAACUGAUACUCAGAUGGUUCAUGUUGCCCCUGUUAUACUGCCAGAAAUGUACAAAAUAUUUCUACAGCAUGAGGUUUUCAGCAUUAGAACACGAUCAAGGGCUGUAAAUAUUUUCAACAUAAUUGCGGGUAUGAUAGCAACAAUGUCAGAAUUACAAAAGGGUUUAGCAAAGCAGUUAUUAUUUCCUGUGAUACCACAGUUUACACAAGCGUUUGUAGAAGCCCUUCUUGUACCUGAUGGACCUUCUUCUGAUAGUGGACUGAAAAUGGAAAUUCUAAAGGCUAUCACAACAUUGGUUAAAAGUUUCCCCAAGCUAAUGUCCCAGUGGAUAGGACAGAUUCUUCAACCAAUCUGGAGUAUAUUUACACUGAGUUCAGAUUUUUAUGUUCGGACAGUGGUGAACAAUACAGAAGAUGCUGAUGAUCCGGUAGACUCAGAUGGUGGUGUUCUUGGCUUUGAGAACCUUGUGUAUGGAGUAUUUGAGUUUAUACAUGCUCUCCUGGACAGCUCAAAGUUUCGAGAUCUCGUGAAGAAGUCCAUCAAUGAUAUACUCUACUAUGUGAUAACAUACAUGCAAAUCACAGAGGAUCAGGGGCGACUAUGGAUGACCAAUCCUGACCAGUUUGUAGAAGAUGAGGAUGAUGAUACAUUUUCAUAUUCUGUCAGAAUCUCCGCACAAGAUUUACUCAUGUUGAUAGGACAGGAGUUUGAGGACGAGAGCGCUCUGGGAUUAUGUCAGGCUAUAACUAAACACUUGCAGGAGGCAGAGGCUCAGAAAUCUGUCACUGACAGCUGGUGGAAGAUUCAUGAGUCAUGUAUGUUUGCUCUGGGAACUGUACGUAGUUUGGUGAUAGACACAGUGAAGUCCGGGAAAGUGCAAUUUGAUAUUUCUGCAUUCUUAGAAAAUGUUGUUCUUACAGAUUUAAAUUUAUCAGUUUCACCUUUCCUGAUAGGGAGAUGUUUAUGGACAGCUAGUAGAUACUGUGAGGGUAUGAAUACAGAACUACUUCAAAGAUGUAUGCAAGCUACAGUAGGCGGGAUUCACCCGACACAACCUCCUGUGAUACGAAUCUCGGCAAUCAGGGCAGUGUACGGUUACUGCGACUUCUUGAAAACUUCAGAAAAUACUCAGUUAUUGGUACCAUUCUUGCCAAAUAUUACAGAGGGACUUGUUACCGUGGCAACACAAUUUUCAUCAGAUGUAUUGUCACUGUGUUUGGAAACGUUGUCAAUAGUUCUUUCGGUGGAUAAAUCAUUUACAGCAUCUUGUGAGUCUAAAGUGACACCUCUAACAAUUGCAGUGUUCCUCAAAUAUUGUAGUGACCCAGUUGUGACUAGUAUAGUACAGGAGAUAUUCAAGGAGUUGGCCCUGAAUGAUAGCUGUAUGGGACCGUUACAACACAGAUUAUUACCUACCCUUGCCAGUAUACUGCAAGCUAGUCAAGAUAAAGUGGCUGUUGGACUUCCAUCUGUAGCACUAGAUGUACUACAGACAAUAGUUAGAAGCAGUAAAACACCGAUAUCCAAGGAGUUGCUGAGUGUGUUCCAAGCUGCUGUACACUGUACACUUAAUACUGAUGACAACUCCACCAUGCAGAGUGGUGGGGAAUGUGUUCGUGCCUAUGCAUCAGUGGCGUUGGAUCAGGUGGCACAGUGGCAUGAUGAACAAGGGAAUUCAGGCCUCACAUACAUAAUACAAGUGAUUUCCAAGUUACUUGACCCAAAAACUUCCGAGUACACAGCUUCGUUUGUUGGUCGCCUAGUUACAGUGGUACUGAUCAAAGUAGGUAACCAGCUGGGUGAGCAGAUGGACCUGAUUCUACGUGCUGUACUCAGCAAGAUGCAGCAGACUGAGACACUGAGUGUGAUGCAGUCAUUGUUGAUGAUAUUUGCACGAUUGAUGCAUGACCAGAUGGAGGCAGUGUUAGAAUUUCUAACUAGUGUACCAGACCCCAUGGGAAAACCUGCAUUAGAAUUUGUUCUUAAAGAAUGGUGCUCUAGACAACAUGUGUUCUAUGGUGCAUAUGAAAGGAAGGUGAUGGUUGUGGCAUUAUGCAAACUCCUACUGCACACAAUAACCAACAAUGAUGCCAGAUUGAAGGAUAUCAUGGUAGAGGGUGAUGAAGUAAUUACCUCGACUAGCAAUGGUCCAAGAACUAGGUCAAAAGCACAAGUGCAGUGGACAACAAUACCAGUGGUUGUUAAGAUAUACAAACUGUUGAUAAAUGAACUGUCCAAUCAGAUAGAACAAAGCAUGUCUACAAGGAAAGGAGAGGAUCCCGAGGAGGAGGAUGAAGGUUGGGAGGAUGAAGAUGAGGACGAUGCAGGUGACGUACAGUUGAGUGGUCAGACAUUGUCCAGUCUACUAGAUGACUUUACUAACGAGUAUUCAACAUUAAUUGAUGAGGUAGAGGACGAGGAGGAUGACCCAGAUGCACUUAAUGACCCUGUUAAUCAGAUAGAUUUACAGCCUUACCUGACGGAAUUUCUACAGUCGUUAUCCCAGCAACCGUAUUACAACAUGUUUACAUCUCAUCACACAGAUAAUGAGAAACUAGUAUUACACAAAAUAAGCAUUGCUGUAUAACAGACAACUUUGAUUUUAACUAGAAAUAUUACACCAUGAAUUUUAACAAAUUAUUCAGACAUGUGGUUUUAAGGCUUGGCAGAAUUCACAUGUACGUGUUACAUGUUAAAAAAACAAACUGCAUGUAUAUUUUACAAUUUUUUAUCUUUUGUAAAUAAGUAUAAUGAAGUACAGAAUAUUUAUGACCUGUAUAGACUUCCAGGUAGGAAAUGAAAUACUGAAAUGAAUUGAAUUUGUGAAAAGCCUCCGCUUUACCUUAUGAUUUUAUUGUUAUGCCCUUCAAAAUAAGUACUACAUCUCUUUGAUCAUGUCGUUGGGUAGAUACUUUGGUUUCCAGUCAAUAGCUAGGGAACGUUUGACCUACAAAGGUUAAACAUCAUAGGAUGAUUGCCAGUUGCCAAAAGGUCACGUAAUGCUUGUAUGUCUGGAGGGUUAGGACUGUCAGAUUUCAUAAGAUCAGUAGAUGACCAGUUUUGUUUUUGGGGCCAUUAUGUCAAAGUUCAAGGUGACUGACCUAAAGAGUGGAAACAGUUUAGGAUCUAUAGUAGGAAUGUUUUGGCCUAGGGCUAUGAAACUUAGUUUGAAAAUCAGUGAUUAGAAGGUUUUUUUUGGACUUGGAAGAUCAAAGGUCAAUGUUACAGCAUACUUGACAAUAAAAAGUACACACUCAGUUACCUCGAACAGGCCAUCAUUGGGGUAGCAUGUUUUACAAACAGCUCUUGUUGAAUUUUUGUGCAGUUGUUAUAUUAUUCCCUUUAACUUACCAUUGUUCACUCAUUUAGAAGUGUUUAUUUACAUGUGAUAGAAUGCUUACUUGCUUCCUUGUUUUAGUGUGAAUGAAAUAUAUGGCAUUACUUUGUAUUAAAAAAAUUCGCAAGUACUUCUUAUAGAUUUGUUAAGGAGGAAGAGUCAGUCCUGCAGAAUCGUUAUAUUUUGUGCAAUAAACAUGAGUAAACACAUUAUAUUUAUGCUAUGUUUUCAACUUUACUACUUGUACUUUCUAAAAAAUUUGAUCUACCUAGAAUAUGGAACUAAGGGAAAUGAAAUAUCCAGUUAAAAUGUAUUUAUUUUAUUAUCAUAGAAAAUUAUUAAAUACAGUUCUAUUCAGGUUGUGAUAGUAUUAAUAUGGGAAAAAGUGGUUCAUGUAUUAUAUUAAUUACAUACUGUCUAUAUAAUAGUAGUACUGUGGCAAAGGGAUUCAUGUAUUCAAAUAAUGGCCUACUGUCAAGGUCUUUGUAUAAAUUCUGCUGUUUAAGUAAUGAAAUAAACCUGAAGAAAUGUGAAUUCA